ACCUUGAAUUUAUAUAUCAAGAAGCCUCCAAAAUCGAAACCCUAACCCUAACAUUGACGACAUCAUCGGCGGCGACGCUCAGCCGCUAAAACCGAAACCCUAACCAUCGGCGGCGGCGCUCAGCCUCCAAAUCCGUAAAGGGUCAGUCUGCUGAUAGAUCAAGCUACUGCUACGUUUGACACCGUCACGACGAGCUCUAAACCCGUAACCUAGAUCUCAUCGUCUCUCUCUCUCUCUCUCUCUCUCUCUCUCACUUUUCCUGUCUGCUGCCAUGGCUGCGAUGUUGCAGCCGCAGAUCAUACUUUUGAAGGAGGGGACGGAUACGUCUCAGGGGAAGGCGCAGGUGGUAAGCAACAUCAACGCCUGCACGGCGGUGGCGGAUGCAGUGCGGACGACGCUAGGUCCCCGCGGGAUGGAUAAGCUCAUCCAUGACGAUAAGGGCAACACCACCAUCUCUAACGACGGCGCCACCAUUAUGAAACUCCUUGACAUCGUCCACCCUGCAGCCAAAAUACUUGUGGACAUCGCCAAGUCCCAGGACUCCGAGGUUGGUGAUGGAACCACUACUGUUGUGCUUCUUGCUGGUGAAUUCUUGAAGGAGGCAAAACCUUUCAUUGAGGAUGGAGUUUAUCCCCAGAAUCUCAUUAGGAGUUACAGGACAGCGAGCUAUCUGGCAAUUGAAAAAAUUAAAGAAAUUGCUGUAAGCAUAGAGGGGAAAAGCAUGGAAGAAAAGAAAAGCUUGUUGGCCAAAUGUGCUGCUACAUCACUCUCGUCCAAGUUGAUUGGUGGAGAAAAGGAGUUUUUUGCAUCAAUGGUUGUGGAUGCUGUCAUGGCUAUUGGUGAUGAUGAUAGACUAAAUUUGAUUGGAAUGAAAAAGGUCCCUGGGGGUCACAUGCGAGAUUCAUUUCUUGUAAAUGGUGUUGCUUUCAAGAAAACAUUUUCAUAUGCUGGAUUUGAGCAGCAACCAAAGAAAUUUUUGAACCCAAAAAUCCUUUUGUUGAACAUUGAGCUAGAACUGAAAUCAGAGAAAGAAAAUGCAGAAAUCAGAUUAACAGAUCCUAUGCAGUAUCAAUCAAUUGUUGAUGCCGAGUGGAAUAUAAUCUAUGAUAAAUUGGACAAGUGUGUCAAAAGUGGAGCAAAAAUUAUUCUGUCACGUUUGGCAAUUGGCGACCUUGCAACACAGUAUUUUGCGGAUCGGGAUAUUUUUUGUGCUGGCCGUGUGGCAGAAGAGGAUUUGCGACGUGUUGCCGCUGCGACUGGUGGAACUGUGCAGACUUCUGUCAACAAUAUUGUUGAUGAGGUUCUUGGAUCAUGUGAAGUGUUUGAGGAAAAGCAAGUUGGAAAUGAACGGUUCAAUAUAUUUAGUGGGUGCCCUUCUGGUCAGACAGCAACAAUAGUUCUCCGUGGUGGAGCAGAUCAGUUCAUUGAGGAAGCUGAGCGCAGCUUGCAUGAUGCCAUUAUGAUCGUGAGAAGAGCUCUGAAGAACUCAACUGUUGUGCCAGGUGGUGGUGCUAUAGAUAUGGAAAUAAGCCGUUUCUUGAGAAUGCAUGCCCGAUCAAUUGCUGGGAAGUCACAAUUAUUUAUUAACUCGUAUGCAAAGGCCCUUGAGAUCAUCCCAAGGCAACUAUGUGAUAAUGCUGGAUUUGAUGCAACCGAUGUGUUAAACAAGCUCAGACAGAAACAUGCCCUUGGUACAGGGGCAAAUUAUGGUGUAGAUAUUAACACUGGUGGAAUUGCAGAUUCAUUUGCGAACUUUGUUUGGGAACCGGCAGUUGUCAAGAUCAAUGCUAUUAAUGCUGCAACAGAAGCUGCUUGUCUUAUAUUGAGUGUGGAUGAAACAGUAAAAAAUCCCAAGUCGGAGAGUGCACAAGGUGAGGCAGCUGCAAGUGCAAUGGCUGGUCGGGGACGAGGUGGGGCAGCUUUCCGAGGACGUGGUGGAAGAGGCAUGCGAAGGCGGUGAUCAUGCCAACAGUUGAUUUUUCACGCUUUUGUUUCAAGGUGGACAAGUAUCUCAAAUUCAGAGAGCAGAUAUUGUUUGGUUCCUCUUCCUGAUGGCUUUAAAAAGUGGAUACUUAGCACAAGCAAUGUUCUUUUUUGCCAACGGGAGAGUUUUCAGAUUGGUUUGGGUACUCUGAAUAUUUUGAAGUGGAUUCCUCUUGCUUUGCAAUGUUUAUGUACUGAUUUCCAAAUUUUUAUGUCUUUGUUGUUUGAACAUGCAUGCUGUCAGUUUUGGGAGUCUUAAAAGUGCCCUCCUACUUAAUGCCGGAUUCCGACAUAUCGUUUUCUAGCUCUGGGAACACCACUUAAUGCUGUUAUAUCCCAACUGUUGUCACCAGAUGCUGAAUUCUCCUUUUGAUCUCCAUUCAUUCACUUUUCUGCCAUUCUUAUGUUUGUGUUUCUCUUGAAAGGUGCAUGACUAUGUUGAGUGUGUGUGUGUAUAUUUAUUGAUACAUUUUAUGCAAUGGAGGUCAUGUUGAUUGAUUC